CGAAACUUACCCAUACAGAAGCGCAAAGCCUGCCCCAGUUGACGAACAGGCACGAAGCGGAAGCGGAAGCAAAGCAGAAGCGGACAAUGGCCGACAGUGAGGUGAAUCGCAUUGCAACUGUAGUCGAGGAACUCCAGGCACUCGAUGAACAGAUUCAGAAUCUUCUGUCCAGACGAAGAUACCUCAGAGAUCUGAAGGCUCGGCUGUUGGAUAAACCGUCCUCGCCAUCUGUUAUCGGCGUAACAUCAACCCCGCGUUGUGCCGCGCAAGUCACCUUCACCCCCGCGCCUCGUAGGAGCGACACCGAUGAUGACCUCGGUGUAUUUCAGCUAUGCAGGCGGGGGUUCAAGGCCAGAACACCUCCAUCGGCACAGGCAAGCAUCGUAACCCAGAACCGGUUUGACCCUCUAAGCGUCCCCAGUUCGCCUUCAGCUCCUGGUGAUGUAAUUGUGGUAGGUGAUUCUAUUGUUAGGAACCUCAAUAUCACUUGCCCUAAUAGAAAAUCUUUUGUUUCUUGUUUUCCCGGUGCUCGUGUCCGAGAUGUGACGAGACGUGCGCCGGCGAUCUACAAGAACAGGGCAGUUGGAGCCAUUGUUAUACAUGCUGGCGUAAAUGACAUAAGGCACCGACAGUCGGAGAUCCUCAAGGCAGACUUCACUGCAUUAAUUAAAGACACAAAGGAGAGGACCCCAUCGGCAAAGAUAUUCAUCUCGGGUCCACUCCCUCUCGUCAGACGAUCAAACGAGUAUUACAGUCGUCUGCUUGGUUUAAACAACUGGCUGCAGGGCUUCUGCAAGAAUCAAGACAUCGGGUUCAUUAACAACUGGGAUCUCUUUUGGGAAAGACCGCGUUUCUUCAAGCGAGAUGGCCUGCAUCCGAACAGCUUCGGCGCCCGGGUCCUCUCCGAAAACAUAGCGAAGGUAAUUCGUUUAUCUUGACUAUCUAUCUCUGCUUUUAACCCCUUCCGAAAUGCCACUCCUGUGUUUGGUCAUGAUAAUUGUUUAAAAAAAUCUUCCAUAAAAGUGCGCAACAUAAAUACUGUAAUAACCAAUCUUAAUGCACAUAGAAAAUCUAGGCAAUACGGCAUAAACGCCAAUAAUUUAAUUAAAGUUACUACUUUAGAUGAACAAUGUAUUAAAACUGUAAAAACAUCAUAGAUUAAAUAAAAAAUACACGCAGAGCGGCGCUAAUAAAAAUAACUUAAUUCCUGUUCCCUAUAUCAAUAACGCACAUAGUAUUCAUCUCUGCUCCUCCGAAACAUUGAAUAUGGCACUAUUAAAUAUUAGAGCUUUAACUAACAAGACGUUUUUUAUCAACGACAUUAUUAGUGAAAAAAAAAAUAGAUUUUAUUGCACUAAGUGAAACGUGGCUUAGCUCAGAUGGCGCAGCUGUUUUAAUCGAAUCUGCGCCUCCGGAUUACAGUUUUACUCGUGCUGAUCGCCAAGGAAAGAGAGGUGGAGGGCUAGCAAACAUUUACUCUAGCAGGUUAAAAUGUAAAAAUAUCAGUUUUGGUAAGUUCAAGUCUUUUGAGUAUCUCGCCAUUGUUAUUCAGGGAGAUUCUCACGUUCUAGUAUUAUCCGUGUAUAGACCUCCUAAAUUCAACGCGUCUUUCUUUGAGGAAUUCUCUGACUUGAUGUCAAUCUUAAUUACGAACUAUGACGCACUCUUAAUAGUCGGCGACUUUAAUUUUCAUGUAGAUAAUCAAUGUGACCAAAAAGUAAAAGAAUUUAUGAACCUCCUGGACUCUUUUGAUUUGAGACAGCUCGUUAAUCAGCCUACACAUAAAGCAGGUCAUACGUUAGACUUAGUAAUUACUAAAGGACUAAAAGUUGAUAUAAAGCAGGUCAUUGAUACGGGUCUUUCAGACCAUUUUCUUCUACUUUUUAAUAUAGAAAUAAUGAUAGAAAACACUCAUGAGAAGCAUAUUGUUAAAAAACGCUUCUUUGACUCAUCAGCAACUUUAAAACUUACAAACAUUCUAACCAAUCAGUCCGUUUAUAGUGCCAACUAUAAUAGCGAGGAGAAUGUAAAUAGUAAGGUGGAAAGAUUUAAUACUAAAAUGAGGGCUGCUGUUGACAUAGUUGCACCUGAAAAGACAGUUAAAAAAUCUUCUAGCAUUGUUAUACCUUGGAAGACCCAAAGAGUGUCUGAUUUAAAGAGAACAUGCCGUAGAGCUGAGCGUAAAUGGAGGAAGACUAAACUAACUAUUGACUAUGAGAUAUUAAAAGUUAAAAUAACAGAAUACAAUAACACAGUCCGUCUUGAGAGGCGCUGCUAUUUCUCUAAGAUUAUAAAUAACAAUGCUAGUAAUCCCAGAGUCUUAUUUUCGACAAUUGAUCAUCUGUUAAACCCAGGUAACUCAAAGGAAUGCCUUCUAAGUACUUCCAGUAAAACCUGUGAGGCUAUCGCUGUAUUUUUCAAUCAAAAAAUUAAUGAUAUUAGAAAUAACAUAGUAUAUCUCCCCAACACUAAGGAUCCCCCGAAACCCCAGUACUCCAUAAUAAAUAAAUUAGAGUCUUUCACUAGGAUAGAUUUACCUGAUUUACAUAAAAUAAUUUCUCAAAUGAAACCAUCCACCUGUGCCCUUGACCCAAUACCAACAAAUUUUUUCAAAGAAGUAUCGGGUGUGCUUAUUGAUAAU